GGCGGAGCGACGCAGGGACGAGUGCAGAGAGAUAAACCCACUCUGAAAUCACCAGGGUCGGGGAUAAAGAUAGUGAAACCCGCCGUCCUGCUUUCACCGAGCACUGUUUAUACAUUUCAUCACUUCAUCAGAGAGAGGGAGGCCAGCCCAGGAUGAACGGCGACUCAGGUGCCGGCGUGGUGACGGCCCCCCCUCCCACCACAGCCCCUCACAAGGAGCGCUACUUUGACCGGGUGGACGAGAGCAGCCCAGAGUACCAGAGGGAGAGAAACAUGGCGCCCGACCUGCGGCAGGACUUCAACAUGAUGGAGCAGAGGAAGAGGGUCUCCAUGAUCCUACAGAGCCCGGCAUUCUGCGAUGAGCUGGAGACAAUGAUCCAGGAUCAGCUGAAGAAGGGGAAGACGCCCACCAGCCUGCUGGCUCUGCAGCAGAUCGCUGACUUCAUGACCACCAGCAUGCCUUCCAUGUAUCCCGCCGCGCCACAGGGAGGCAUGGCGGCCCUAAACAUGAGUUUGGGUAUGGUGACUCCAGUGAAUGAUCUGCGUGGCUCAGACUCUAUUUCCUACGACAAGGGAGAGAAGCUGCUCCGCUGCAAGCUGGCUGCCUUUUAUCGGCUCGCUGACUUGUUUGGCUGGUCCCAGCUCAUCUACAACCACCUCACAGUAAGGGUGAACUCAGACCAGGAGCGCUUCCUGAUUGUCCCUUUUGGGCUCCUUUACAGUGAAGUCACCGCUUCCAGUCUGGUGAAGAUAAACUUUCAAGGGGAGAUAGUGGACCGGGGAAGCACCAAUCUCGGGGUCAACCAGGCCGGCUUCACUCUCCACUCCGCCAUUUACGCUUCACGGCCAGAUGUCAAGUGUAUCGUACAUAUACACACACCUGCGGGUGCUGCGGUGUCGGCCAUGAAAUGCGGCCUGUUGCCCAUCUCACCUGAGGCACUCUCCCUGGGUGAAGUGGCCUAUCAUGACUACCACGGCAUACUGGUGGAUGAGGAAGAAACUACUCUCAUACAGAGGAAUCUUGGGCCAAAAAGCAAGGUGCUCAUCCUGAGGAACCAUGGCCUGGUGUCAGUCGGCGAAACAGUGGAGGAAGCUUUUUAUUACAUCCACAAUCUGGUCACUGCCUGUGAGAUCCAGGUGCGAACACUGGCCAGCGCUGGAGGGCCAGACAAUCUGGUGAUGCUCAACCCAUCAAAGUACAAGUCACGCCCGCCGGUCCCAGAACCAGCCGGCGACGGGUCCGCCACACACCCCAAGUGGCAAGUCGGGGAGCAGGAAUUUGAGGCUCUCAUGAGAAUGCUCGACAACUUGGGCUACAGGACGGGCUACCCUUACCGCUGCCCGGCAUUGCGAGACAAAGCUAAAAAGUACAGUGACGUGGAGAACGCUCCCUCUGCCCACGGUGGUUACUCAUACGGGGAGGACAGUGACUCAGGUGCUCGCUCCCCGCUGAAACAGAGCUUCCAGCGCGGCCAGCGCGACAAGACCCGCUGGGUCAAUGCCGGCGGCCGGCCUGACGAGCCCUGUGAGGACGGGCCCGACGGCAGCAGCCCAAAGUCGAAGCCUAAGUGGACAAAGGAAGACGGUCUCCGCCAGGCUGCCGUAGCCAAUCAGUUCAUCCCAAUGAACACCAAUCCAAAAGACGUCCUGGAAAUGAGGAAUAAGAUCCGGGAGCAGAACCUGCAGGACAUAAAGACAGCAGGACCCCAGUCUCAGGUUCUGUGUGCCGGCACCGUGGUGGAACGCUCCUUUAACCAGGGGGAGCUAGUGACCGCAUCCAAGGCCAUCAUCGAGAAGGAGUACCAGCCCAAGGUCAUCGUCAGCAAGCAGGGUCCCAACCCCUUCACCAAGCUCACCGACCAGGAACUGGAGGAGUACCACAAGGAGGUGGCGCAGAAACAGAAAGGGCCUGAAGUGCAGGGGCGAGAGGAUUGUAGGGAGGGAUCAGCCUCCAGCGUACCCUGUCCUGAGCCUGAGACGCUACAGGCAGGACAAGCUUCUGUCUCGACACCUCCUCUACAGUCUGCCACCGACUCACCCAACUUAGAGAGAGCUCCGCCAACUCCAACUGCCACUCCAGCCACCCCGGCCACUCCGGCUUCUGAGCUCGCCCUCUCUGAGCCAGCUCAGGGCGGCGCAGACUCUGCAGACGACGUUUUUUCGACAGCAGAAGAGGUUUUUUCAGCUCCAGAUUCCCCUCACAAGGAGUUCCACUCCGCCGUGCUGCGAGCCCUCAGCAAGGAGCCGUCGGUGGUAGAGGCAGCGAAGGCAGAUCAGGCUGCAGACCUGGAGCAGCUAGUAGAGCCUGAAGAGGAGGAGCCCCAAAGCCAGAAACAAACCAACACACCACCCAGCACCCCAGUCAGAGCAGAGGAAGAGUCCCCGCCUGAACAAACCUUUAAGGAUGAGAGCGACGCCGCCACCCUGAGACAGACCCUUCCAGAUUUAACACCCGACGACCCCUCCGACGCCCCAGCACUUCCUGCCGAGGACUCCGCCCCUGCCCCUGCCACUGCAGACGCAGCCGAGGUGGAGGAGCCCGCUGACGCUGGCGACCAGGAGGGAGAAGAGUCUCCCAGCAAAUCACCCUCCAAAAAGAAAAAGAAGUUCCGCACUCCUUCCUUCCUAAAGAAAAACAAAAAAAAGACAGAGUCCUAGAUUUGAGAAUGUUGGAUCGGUCCUCAAGGCUGGCCUCCGCCUCUUUUCAUUUCAGCUUUUCGUCUGCUAUCAUCGCACCCUUCGAGCAAGCCACAGUAACACACAGUUAUGCUUUUUUUGUUGUCGUUUUGAUAUUAUUUGUCGCUGGCUUAUUAACCUCUUUUUCCUCGUUAGUGUGUGCCAAUUUUGUAUACAGUGUAAAAAUGAUUGAUUGCAUAAAGGUUUUUAAUUAUUAGAGGCUUUUUAGUUGUGAGUGAGUGAUGCAUUCUGUCUUGUCCACUCAAUCUGGCCUUUGAUGCAUGUCUAUAACUACAGGCCCACACACUUAAUGUGAGGUUUAAGGGUUUGACCGCCCUCAUUUUUUAAAAGAGUAUUACUAAGCUGUUGUAACCGCUAGAAUGUAUUGGGAUUGUAUGAAAAAAAAAAUAUGUCAAAGUGUCUUUUAAAAAUAAUGAAUGCAGAAAGAGACGCGUGUACUCUCUCAUUUAACUGGUGGUAAAUUUGGACAGAGAGAACUACAAAUUGCAUAGUGCUAAUUUUACCUCUGAAGCUGUGCACCCAUAUAAUUAGCAGGCCAGGAGUACAACAGUGCAAAAUCCAUAUUAAUAUUAAUGUCUCAACAAUCCAAUAUUUUGAUUAAAUCAUCCACAAGGGUGUUUGACUUUAUCUUAAAAAACUUCUACCCACAAGCAUUUAACACGGCCUUAACUUACAGGUAUGUUGUAUAGUGCUUUAGGUCUUUGUAUGAUGUGGAAGUUAAUAUUCCUCAAAACCAGUGCUGCAAAAAUGCAGAUGAUAAUGUUUAAACCAAGUGAUGUAAAGCGUGUGAGUCAUCCUGGGAACCAUCAGCAUGCAUUGUGCUUGGUGAUUAUUCUGACGGUUGAUAAUAUAUUUGCUGUAAGUCUUUAGAAUGAAGGAAUGUGUAAAGAACAAAUUCUCAGUUUAUGUUUUUUUUUCAUUUAUUCUAAUUAUUUGAGACUGGCUUUGUUUUGCAUUUACCCCGUGAUUUCUCUCCGUCUCUGUAAAAGUCAGAAACCGACAGAAAUGCUACAUAUUGUGUGAGAUUUUUCAUUUUUGUUCUCGAUUGUGUAUGCUUUUUCUCACAAGUAGAUUGAGCCAUGAUUGCUUGGUGUGAGAGAGCACUGUGAACGUCCUCUUUUAUAAACCACUGUCUGGGAACGCCACCACACGUUCUAUCAUAAACAUAGAUACAGUUGUUACAGAACAUGUAAAUGACAAUGUCACUGUUACGAAGCUGCAUGAUCAAUCAAAUGUCAGAACCCUCAAACUGGACUUUCCUGUGUAAAAACUCCACUCUGAGCAAAUGGAUUUUGUCAUUGAAUACCUGUGUGUUUCCAGUUGCCGUAAAAACACAUUGUACACUGGAGAAGAAUUUUCUUUUUACGUCACUGAUGUGUAAUCAAUAAUGUGAUUGCAAAUGAGCUGUGCUUAAGGUUGCAGGGCAUUAAUAACAAGGCCAUCUCCAUGCAUUGCUUCCUAACUUGUGUUUAUUCCUCCUGUUUAAGUGAAGUCAUCAGUCUAACUCAUGGUGAUGGGAAGAUUCAGCCUAAUCUGAGAUGCCUAAUAAACCUUUCUUCAUGACAGACUGUGUAUCUACAUUAUUGCAAAUAAGCUGAGAAUGUCUAACAGGACUGCAUGUGCAGAGUGCUUAGAGUGUGUACUUUCCUUUAAACGACUGUAACUACCCCUUUUUAUUUGAAUUUUAUUUUAGCUUUAGUGUGCAGAUACAAUGCUAAAGUCCUUGUAGUCAUGGUUUUUAUUUGAGUCAGUCGUACAUUUUUUAACCUCACAGCUAUGCUGAUUUGUAAUCUCUGUCUAAACUACUUCCAAUUAAAAUGUGUCUCAUCAUUAUAACAUCUACAGACUUAAUACUUCCACCUCUUUUUCUCAUGGUUCUGCCUCUUUUACACCAUGAAUAAAAAACACUACCUUGAAAAUCA